UCUCCAGCACACUAGCACUCCAGGUCUCUCCAGCACAGCAACGCGGAUCUCCCGGAUCGUUCUGAAUCAGCUUCGCAGCAAGUGUUUUCUACAUUAACGAUACAAAAUGAACAAAGACACUGCCAAGAAUGUCGAAGGAACCCCUGCCGGCCCUCACAAAGCGGGAAACCAGUGGGCGGUCAGCGAACCGCCAAGGAAUGCGAAAAAUCCAGCUACCAGGAAACGCCCUAGUGACGAGAUGAUGGACGACAUGCAGAUUCGUUCCAGAAAGAUGCGUUGGAUAAUGGGCCAAAUAUUCGAGAGGGCCAACCAAGAGCAACCAAGGGCUACCCAAGAGCAACCAAGGGCUACCCAAGAGCAACCAAGGGCUACCAAAGAGCAACCAAGGGCUACCCAAGAGCAUAAGGACACUUUACCAGACAUCAGUAAAAUGAAACUGAAAUAAUUUUCUUUGUAAACUGAAAAUACUUAUUUGUAAAUCUUUUUUUUUGUAAAUAGACUUACUUUUUUGUAAAACUUUUAUAAAAAACUGAACUUUUUAGAAUUUUUACUUUUACUUUUUAAUACUUAUUUGUAAAACUUUUUUUGUACAUAGACUAUCAGUGAGUUUUGAGAUAUUAUUCAUCACGUUUUCCCUACAAAUUCAAAUUUCUUGGAGAUCAAAGUUUGAAAAAAAAAUUUCUACUCGAUUAAUCUGAUUGUUGCACGUAAAUCCACUCACUUUAAUCGUGGUAGAGUGAUGUCAUCUUACCGAUCCUAUGCCAUGAGAACUAAAAACGAAUCUGACGAUAAUGUGUUGAUAUAAUUUAAUGGGCUGUUAAGUUUUGAUAGACGUACUUGCAACCGGGCCUUGGUAUUGGGUCACGAUUCUAGAAUUUAGAAACUACUGUGUUGAAUCUGUCAGCAAACUUAUAGCCUGAUGGCAGACAAAUGUAUGUGAAAAAUUCAUGAACUAUAGGCUUCAGUGCUAAGUUCAUAAUUGAGUAGAAUACACAUUAUGUAAAUUAUCAUAUAUUUUAUUAUAUCCUACUCCUACAUCAGGAGAAACUAUUAAAACGUGUAUAACGAACUUUAAAAAACAAAGGAACACAAAAUAAGCAUACUAUUAUAAUAAGGAUUUUCAAUGUUUUACCUUUUAAACUUACGAGUAACACAAAUUUUGAAAAGCGCUGAAUUCUUUUUGCUUAUGAAAUUCUUUAUUAUAAACUUCCUUUUUUAUUCAUUUAUUUAUUUAUUUUAAUUUAUAUAAACUUCUAAUUCUUUAUCAUAAACUUCUAUUCAAAGAGGAGUUCCAAAUUGCAUCCUUCACUUUGGAAUUUGGAUAGACCAUGAUAAUUUAUAAUGUCUGUAGGUUUUCAAAACUAGCUGAAGCACCAAUGUCGUAACAAAUGCGCACAAGGGGUGCUACCACCUGCAAAUACCGCUCAGAAUCAGAAGUAAAUCCAUCAACUCAUUUUAAAAAAUAUAUGUAUUUAGGUUUCUCUUAUAGAGAAUAUUUUAAUAUUAGUAAAUAUUUGAUAUUAUAGAGAAUAUGAUUUAUAAUAAGUUUUGUGUGUAAAUAACCAAUGAAAUAAGACUUGAAAGUGAGGAGUGAAAAGAUAAUGAUAAAAAGAAAGACAAUAAUUGUAUGAAGCUUCUCUUAUUUUACUUGUGUUCUGAGUAUUUCUGUAUAUUUAAUAUUGAUUUCUGUGUGUAAUAAGCAAUAAAAUAAGAUUUGAAAGUGAAGAGUGGAAAAAUUAUGAUAUAAAUAAAGAGAAUAAUUAAUUGUA